AUGGCCGCGGUGGCCGUCCUCCGGAGCGACUCGCUGCAGGCCUUCCUCCAGGACCGCACCCCCAGCGCCUCCCCGGACCUGGGCACGCACUCCCCCCUGGCGCUGCUCGCCGCCACCUGUAGCCGCCUUGGCCAGCCGCCGGGCGCCGCGGCGGCCCCGGACUUCCUGCAGGUGCCCUACGACCCGGCGCUGGGCUCGCCCUCCCGGCUCUUCCACCCGUGGGCCUCCGACAUGCCGGCGCACUCGCCGGGCGCGCUGCCGCCCCCGCACCCCAGCCUGGGGCUGACGCCGCCGCAGAAGACGCACCUGCAGCCGUCGUCCUUCGGGGCGGCGGCGGCGCACGAGCUGCCGCUCACCCCGCCGGCCGACCCCUCGUACCCUUACGAGUUCUCACCCGUCAAGAUGCUGCCCUCCAGCAUGGCGGCGCUGCCCGCCAGCUGCGCGCCCGCCUACGUGCCCCCCUACGCCGCCCAGGCCGCGCUGCCGCCCGGCUACUCCAACCUGCUGCCCCCGCCGCCGCCGCCGCCCACGUGCCGGCAGCUGUCCCCCAACCCGGCCCCCGACGACCUCCCAUGGUGGAGCAUCCCGCAGGCGGGCGCCGCGCCGGGCGCCGCCGGGGUCCCGGGGGGCGGCCUGUCCGGAGCCUGUGCCGGCGGGCCCCACGCGCCCCGCUUCCCCGCCGCCGCGGCCGCCGCAGCCGCCGCCGCCGCCCUCCAGCGGGGCCUGGUGCUGGGCCCGUCGGACUUCGCGCAGUACCAGAGCCAGAUCGCCGCGCUGCUGCAGGCCAAGGCCCCCCUGGCGGCCGCGGCCAGGAGGUGCCGCCGCUGCCGCUGCCCCAACUGCCAGGCGGCGGGCGGCGCGCCCGAGCCGGAGCCCGGCAGGAAGAAGCAGCACGUGUGCCACGUGCCGGGCUGCGGCAAGGUGUACGGCAAGACGUCGCACCUGAAGGCGCACCUGCGCUGGCACACGGGCGAGCGGCCCUUCGUGUGCAACUGGCUCUUCUGCGGCAAGAGCUUCACGCGCUCGGACGAGCUGCAGCGGCACCUGCGGACCCACACGGGCGAGAAGCGCUUCGCCUGCCCCGAGUGCGGCAAGCGCUUCAUGCGCAGCGACCACCUCGCCAAGCACGUGAAGACGCACCAGAACAAGAAGCUCCGGGCGGCGGAGGCCGGCGUCAAGCGGGAGGACCCGCGGGAUCUGUGA